AUGGACUCAUUCUCUCAAAAGACAGCAGAAAGCUUGAACGGCAUUGCAAGUAAGCUUGGGUUUGAGCACGAUGAGGAGAAAAAAAGAAGUGUAGUUUUUGACUCAUUGUCUAACAUGCAUUUCUUGUCAAAUGAAGAUAAAAUGGUCAUCACCAUGCGUCUAUGUAAGAACCCACAAGAACUCUCCAUGUUCUUCAGCCUGUCCCAGGACAACAAAUGUCUCAUGGUUAAAAUGAUGCACGAAGGACGACUAUAUAGGAUGGACAACAUGGAUGUUGAUGCUAACGAUCCUUAUUUUUUCAAGGUUGUUGUCUUUUGCACACUUCAUACGAUGGCAUUGCCCCCCGCCACACACCACCAUUACCGUGGUGUCGUGUUUCCACAGAGGUUCAGUAUCGAGACCAUUGAAGGCCGUAAGUACGAGACGACUUUGACUAUGGUGAACAACUGCCCAACAUUAGUGGAUAGAUGGAGAGAUUUCAUUCAUUCGGAAGACAUAGCCAUAGGCUACUUCCUGGUUUUCCAUCCCAGGAUGAUAUUUGACUUUCAAGUGUGGGUGAUGCAGCCCAACGAAUGUGAGAGGCAGCCGCAGUACACCUUCACUCUGGAAAUUAAGCCAACUCAUGUGGAGUGCGCACGUUUGGCAAUUCCUAUGCAGUUUUGGAGGGGUUUCACUCAAGGGCAGUACGUGAACUACAACUCUGUAAUUUUGCAGUUUGGCGACAACCUGUAUGAUGUUGAUAUAAUUCGCGGUCAUGGAAAAAAACUCAUUCAGAAUGGUCGUGCACGACAGUUCAUCGAUAACAACAAAAUUGGUGUAAGUGAUGUUUGCACGUUCAUUCUCCUCCCACAUGACAAAGUCAUAAAAUUCAAAGUUAAAAUUUAG